GGAGCUUUAGCUGGGCAACAACGAACGCAUCGCAUUGUCGCAUACAGAAUCAACUGAGUCUAAUAGCAGAAACAACGGCAGAAAUGACAAGGAUUACCAUUGCUUUUUUGAUAAUAUGUUUAUCAGUGGGAUUACAACAAAUACUGGCAGCUAAGUUAGAGGGCCGCAUUGUCUCCGGCUACAAGGCCUCACCGGGCCAAUUUCCCUGGCAGGUAAUCAUCAGACAGGAUGAGUUCGAUGAUCUUUUGUGUGGUGGCUCGAUUAUUUCCGAUUCCUGGGUCUUAACUGCCGGCCAUUGUUGUUAUGGCUUUGAAUCCCUGCUGCUUGUGUUUGGAACCAUCGAAUUAUUCGAUGAUACGGCUCUCAACAUGACCGCCACAAAUCUAAACGUUCAUCCCCAAUAUAAUCCCACAAAUUAUAACAAUGAUGUGUGUCUCAUAGAGUUACCCGAACCGCUGACAUUCUCCACAGAUAUUGCACCAAUUACCCUGAUGCCAACGGCUUUGGUAACGGAAAAUUUGACGGGUUCGGUGGCAGCAAUUUCCGGCUUUGGCAUCAUGAAUGAUGAAUACAUGGACGCUUCGGAGGAAUUGUUAUGGGCUCAGGUGCAAGUGAUUGAUAACAGUGAUUGUAGUGGUGUCUAUGAACCGGGUUUGGUCAUAGCAUCCACACUGUGUGCCAAGGGUUAUGACAUUGCCAAUAUGUCUAUUUGUAAUGGUGACUCGGGUGGUGCUUUGGUUAAACGUGAUCCCAAUUAUAAUUGGAUACAAAUCGGUAUAAAUUCAUUUGUGCCCAUGGAUCAGUGUACGGAGGCCUUGCCAUCGGCAUAUGCCAGACUUUCGUAUUUCCUUCCAUUCAUUUACAGUGUAACAGGAUUGCCAAGAGUUUAGAAAAAAUGUUUGCAGAAAAAAUAAAAAAAGAAUUUAAAAGAAA